CUGAUCCGUGGAUCAGGAAAGUUGCUUUUCGUUAUCUCUGUCAUCGACGGAAUAAAUGACUGGAUUGGAUGGCAGGUGGUGGGAGUGGGGCGGUACAGUCGUCUCCUACCUCACGCUUCAGGAUAUCUACCAGAGUGUGGAGAAGGGAUUCACCAAGAGAUUCAACCAUGUAGUUCUAUAUGCAGCCGAUCAAAAGUGACAUCCCUACGGAGCCCCUUCCAUUAUCCUGUUGCGGCUCCGCCUGCUGGUAUCGAGCAGAAUCAACCCCCGUUGAAAGCUACGACGGUCAAAUUUGUGUGGUCGGAGCUCAGAGGGAAGAUUCCCCACAAGCCUCGUCACAGUCCGUUGGAAAGAUGGAUCCAAGAGCUCCAGUAUGGGCACGCAGGAAGUCUGGAGAGAAGAAUGUGUUUGUUUCGGUUCCAACUGCAAUCUGUUCAGGCAAUUCUGAGCAAAAGCUGAACUGUGGUAGUUCACCAAAAGUAGCUGACUGAAAAGAUCUAAGGGUUUUCUGUACAUAUUUUCUGGAAAUGGAGGUACGUGGCAUUUAUACGACUGUUUUCGUAUGGUGAUGCAUGCACUGCUUGCGUAAAAUCGCUGUAAUGAUCUGAUCAGAAAACUUUUUUAUGUAUGUAUGCUUUUAUGUGUAUGUUAAGUUGACUGGUGGCAUAAGUAUCCUUUGUGGACGACUUUACAUUGCAGUGUAAAGGAUUUGUAGCAUUCGAAAAACUGAUGAAGAGUGGAAAGUUGCUGUCUGUUACAUAUUUGUAAUGAGCUCAAAUUCA